AUGUUAAGACUCCAAAACAAAAUAGACAAUAUGCCAUAUAGAUACGUAGGUUUAGUUGAUCAAAAAAGGAGAACGCCGAGUUUGUUGGAUGACCAAUAUGGCAACAGAACUUGCAAACAAGAAUUUCCCGCCAUACCCAACUGGACAGCUUUCGCAGGAGUGCACGGUCAAGGAUACAAAGUAAAAAGGCAAGUACAAGGAGUCGAUAUGGUGGCAAAACAUCCACAUUCACGCAGGCCAUCUACCACCGGAUCCAUAGUUCCAGAAAAGACGGACAGGAACACAAAAAGACGCCCUUCUAUCUACAGCCGACUAUCUGACGGACCUUCUACAUCACUUGCUCCCUCCCUUGGGGUAGAAACAAAUCCUACACUUGUACCCCUUUCUGGAUCACGGCGCACCCACUCUUUCUCAACAACCCAAGAUAAUGCACAAUCCUCCGAACGAUUUCGACCUUCUGUACCUGGACCAGGAACUGUAACAGGAACUGGAAUUGGAGCUGUGCCUGUAAUUGUGCCUGUAACAGGAACAGGAACAGGAACUGUAACAGGAACAGGAACCGGAACUGGAAUUGUACCUGGAAAUGGAAAUGGAAAUAUAAAUGUAAAUGUAAAUGUAAACGGAAAUGGAAAUGGAAAUGGAAGUGGAUCUGCACCUACUCUGCGAAGUGCCAGUACAACCUCUUCUGCACCCCGUCUGUCCAUUGCCGACCGCUUCAUGAGUAACAACUACAGUCAACCAAAAAACGUCUCACCCUCAUCGUCAGCCUCCACAGUCCGGUCAGUAGAGCAAGACAUACCCCGCCCAGUCAUAGUUUCAAUACCAGACCAGGUCAAAUCAUCUACAGACACUGGCAAGCUCUCUGUAGCAGACCGUUUUAUGUCCUCGGCUUCGUCAAUGCACUCAAACGAUACUCUUUCUCUCCCUAUGCGAGAACGAUCUGCCUCCAAUUUCUCUGGGCGGACCUUACUCAACCCCAGCUCCCUCGCCCUGGUGCCUGGUCCAAAGAGACUCACUAUUGCAGAUACUUUUAUGAGAAGUAACUCUGCCCAACAAUCACCCUCUGAUGGGAUCGGAAUGGAUCGAACUAGAUCCCGCUCUAUAAUGGAUGAACUUGAUCUCGGUCACAGAUAUCCACAUUCUGAAUAUAUACAUCCUCUCGAAGGACCUGGAUCACGCAAAAGUGCCGUCCUAGACAACCAUCUGCUCAAUCUUGAUCUCUCGAUCGCUUCUCCGUCAAGUACUGUCAAGGGAAGAAGCAGCAGCCGCCCCUGGGGUAGCCAGGAAACACUUGUCCAAUCUGACAGAAAAAAACCAAUCUAUGCAAAGUUUACCGAUCCCGGAAAGCAUCCCACACACAGUAUAAAAGAAUCGAGUGAAUACUGUCCGACCAGCCGAUCGUAUUCUCUGGAUGAAUAUAUUGUCGAGCGCCAUGACGACCGGGAUUACGACCACCAGACGUCCCUUGAAGAAGAUCGGCCCUUGACAGAGGAUGCAUCUUCGGUACUGACUCUCAAAAACCAUGAUGACAAAGAAGAUCAUUACGCUGAUGAUCCGGUUGCCAUGGAAGCAGCCCACCCAAAGAAAUGCACACGCGAGACCCAUCGAGAGCCACGCACACCGUCUGCAGAGCCUCUUGAAACUCCAUCGUCCCAAUCACCACUUCCCCCACCUCCCCCACCUCCGCGCGGCUUUUGGAUCGGAUGCUGUUUUUUCAGCUGUGGCCAGCGUCCGAGCCAGAGCACCCUGAGCCGACAGCAGCAGCAGCGACGUGAAAAGGAAGGUGAGGAGCGCCAAGCAAAGGCAAACUCAAAUUGUGGCAGGCGCAGCUGGGUGAUCUGCACUUUCUUUACAGUCAUCAUGGCUGCCGUGAUAUCCUAUCUGCUCUGGCCACGGACACCACUGAUGCGGAUUGAAGGAGCCUCAUUGACUAGUGCAGCAAAGAUCACCCAGACCAGACAAGGAAUCAUGAUCGGAAAUGCAGCAUUUGAGACAGAGUGGCUGGUGAAUGUUACGGUUGAUAACCGUCAGAACCGGAUACCGACCCGCCUUGUGGCCAUCCAGGUAAUUGCCAAAGAUGCCCUGACUGGCCUAUUGAUCGGUAAAGGGCUGCACAACAACGAUCCUAGUCCAGAAGUGAUUGUGCUGCCCCCCAGAGCGAUCUCUACCAUUCAGCUGCCAAUCCGUGUAGAUUACCAGGCCAGAGAUGCAUCCGAUACUACUUUUGUUGACCUCUCAAAAGCAUGCACGCCCCAGCCUGCAACAGCAAAUCUAACCCAGGGUCAGCGAGAGUCCUUGCAGCUCCAUUUUUGGAUCACUCUCCAUCUGUUUGGUCUCGACUGGCUGGGAUACAAACCCACAGUUAUUGCCACGCCUGCAACAGGUGGAUUUGCGUGCCCUACUUCAUAG